AUGGCCGACGUUUCGGACACGAAGAUCGGCGAAGCGUACCAGGAUGUGCGCGACGACAAGACGGAGACGAACUGGCUGCUCCUCGAUUACGAGUCCGAUCGCUCUGACAAGCUGCACCUAACGGCGACGGGGACCGGAGGACUGGAUGAGCUGCGCGAACAGCUGAACGACUCCACGGCGUCCUACGCAUACGCCCGGGUCCAGUACGCGAACGACAAAGAGUCUAAGCGCGAGAAAUUCAUCUAUGUGGUGUGGGUUGGACCGCAGUGCAAGAUCAUGCGCAAGGCCAAGAGCUCAGUGCAUUCCGGGGACGUGAAGAGCGUGUUGCACGCGUACUCUAUCGAGGUUGCGGCGCGAGAGAACGACGAUCUCAAGGAAGAGCCGAUCGUCGCUCGAUUGCGGAAGGCUGGCGGAGCGAGCUAUGACGGUGUUUAA